UUCAUCACAAAGGAACUCACUGCUCUUAAAUUUGCUCUAAUUGUUAUUACCUUGGUAAAUAAUAUAUUCUUGGUUCGAUUCGAAAUUUUCAAGCAAAUGGGUAUCGUUGAAAACAUUCGUUCCCUUAAAUUUGAAGUGAAAAUCGUGGAAGCUAGAAACGUAGAGCUCAAGUCAUCGCCAACCACUCUCUUCGUUAGGUUCUAUCUCCAUGCAGGGAAUAACAGUAAGAUUGAACUAAACACUCCAGAGAUCCGUUCGAGAUCAGACUGUGAGGUCAUUUCCUGGAACCAAUCAUUCGGUCUGGAGUGCCAAGGGAACGAAACCGCGGUCGAGGAAUUGAAGCAACAAAGUGUUGUUUUCGAACUACGGAGAAGGAAAACGACGCCGUUUUUGAAGAAGUGGUCGAAAUCAGAGUUGGUGGGUAGAGGAAAGAUUUUUUGGAAAUCGGUUAUAGAGACUGAUGGGAUGGAAAUAGAGAGAUUUGUAGUGAUGGAUGAGACAAAAGAUCACGUUCUGGAAGAUUGUGAUAAGCAUAAACCUCUUUUGUUGAAGAUAGCUUUAAAAGUGCAAGCUUCAAAAAUCGUGAACACUAAGAGAGUGGAAGAUCUUUGUGAGUGUAAAGAUUGUAGAACAUGUAACUGCGUAGAUUAUGAAGCUUUUGUUGUAGCUUGUGCGUUAGCUGGGAUUUAGUUUGUAAGAAUAAAAUUUAAAGAAGAGAUGAUUCAAAGAAACCAGAAUAAGUUGUUGCAGUAAAAUGUAAAAACUAAGGACCAAAGUUCAAAGAAAAUGAAAAACAAAUAACAACUGUCUUAUAAAAGACUAUGAAACGAUGAUGUUGUUUCAAGCAUGGUCAUGUCCAAGAAGGGCGAGAAGCAUAUCCUUGUAGUCACCAGAAGUGUCAUUAGCAAUGGCUCGAUCAAGAGGAACACUGUUCCUGCGUAAGUAUUCUUCUUUGAUCCGCUCCAGGUCGACCUCUGCUCUUGUAGUGACCACUCUA